AUGCUUAGCUGUCGAGGUUAUCUUUAUACCGUCGAAAAAACUAACGACGAAAAAAUUCUUUUUCGAUGUAAAAAUUGUGAUUGCAAAGGGCGAUGUAAAACAAAUUUAGCUAUGGAUACUAUUUUGUCUGAACCAACCGAGCAUUCACAUGCCCAAACUAUAGAUCAACUUCCAGUCAUCGAAUUGAGAAACAAAAUCAAAUCAAAAGCUGCCAACAGCGAAGAAGUCACAACUAAACCAAUAACUUCUGACAACCGAUCGCCUGAUCAACUGAAGCAAACAGAUCGCGGCGAAAACUUUCUUCUCCAUGAAGAAAAAUACUUGAUUAUUUUCACUACCAAGUCCAAUUUAUCCGUUUUGAAAAUGUGCAAACAUUGGCUUGCGGACGGAACGUUCUCGAAUACAAUCAUACAACGACCUUUACAUAUUAACAUUAUCAAAUAUAUUGAGUUAUAUUAUUCGAAAAUUAUUAUUUCCUUUGCAAUCAAGAAGAUUUUAAUGAAUUGUGAAGCAUUUACACUAGAAAAUCAAAUCGGCAGAUCUGACUCAGUUAUAAGUCAACAUGAAGAAAAGAUCAUUCAAAACAAUGAUAGUAAUGAAAUAGGAGCACAGACGGAUGAGUCUGUGAAAGAAACCUUUUUACCAUCCGGAUCAAAGACUAACAAAGGAUAUUUUAUAUUUGUAUGUUUUACAAUUAUAAUAAUUAUCAUUGGUAGUCUAAUAGUUUAUUAUAAAUCACCAGAACCACCAGGUAAAACAUGUACAUAUGUUCUUAAAUCAAUGGCCGACAGUUCAAUUGGGUUCGAUUCAUAUCCUCAAUCUGUAAAUGUUGCUGACUUUAAUAAAGAUGGUCUUUCAGACAUUAUUAUAGCCAAUGCUGGUACAAACAAUAUCGGUGUUUUUCUUCGACAAGAAGAUGGCUCAUUUUCAGAUCAAAUGAUCUAUUCAACUGGUUCUGGUUCAGCUCCAUCUGCGUUGGUUCUUGCUGAUUUUAAUCAUGAUCAACAAGUGGAUGUAGCCGUAGCAAAUUACGGUCGAAAUAACAUUGGUAUCUUUUUAGGAACGAUCAAUGGUACAUUUACAUCUCAGAAGAUUUUUUCAACUGGAUCAUCUCAUCCUAUAUGGAUCGAUAUCGGUGAUUUUAAUUCUGAUACACACAUUGAUUUAGCUGUCGUCAACUAUGGCACCGAUACGAUAGGUAUUCAUUUUGGAGAUGGUUAUGGUAAUUUCGCUCAACCUAUUUUGACUUCAACUGGAUUUGAUUCGAUUCCAUAUGCACUUGUUGUUGCUGAUCUGAACAAUGAUAUGAAAUCGGAUGUUAUCGUCGCCAAUUAUGGAACAAAUAAUAUCGGUAUAUUUUUUGGAAAUAAUGAUGGUUUAUUCGACAACCAAUUACUGAUCAACACAGGUGUUAACUCUCAACCAUUUGCGAUUAAUAUUUAUGAUUUAAAUAAUGAUACAUAUUUGGAUAUCAUUGUUACUUGUUCCGGUACAAACCGUAUUGGUGUUGUCUUAGGUCUUGGUAAUGGAUCAUUUGCAACAAUAGUAGAAUACUUUACUGGUGUUAAAGCAUAUCCCGUUUCUCUAGCCAUUGGUGAUAUUAAUAAAGACAAUAAUGCUGAUAUAGUUAUUGCUAAUUAUGCUGCUGGUAAUAUUUGUAUUCUAUUCGGAUAUGGCAAUGGUCUUUUCACAGAAUAUUCUGUUCUUUUCUCCGAUUCUCAGUAUAAUCCAUAUUCAAUUGCCCUCAAUGAUUUCAACAACGAUUCAUAUCUUGAUAUUGCUACUGUUGAUUAUAAUUAUAAUUAUUUAGAUAUUGUUCUCACAUAUAGGAGCUACAGUUUUCUCGGUCAAAUUAGUUAUUCAACAACUGGUUUGAAUUCCUAUUCUGAAUCCGUCUUCCUAGCCGAUUUUGACAAUAAUAAUCAAUUAGAUAUGGUCGUAGCCAAUUACUGGACAAAUGACAUUCUUGUCUUUCUUCGGUAUACUAACCAAACAUUUGCAGAUCAACAAAGAUAUUCAACUGGACGUUCUUCGGGUCCAACUGAUGUUAUCAGUGCUGAUUUUGAUAAUGAUAAUCAUUUGGAUAUAGCUGUUGCCAACUAUGGAACGAAUACGAUGGGUAUUUUUCUCAACUAUGGUAAUGGAACUUUUUCAAGUCAAACAACAUAUUCAACUGGUAGUAAUUCUCAACCGAUUGCACUUAGUAGUGGCUUUUUCAACAAUGAUCCAUGGAUAGAUAUCGUUAUUCUUAAUCAUCGAACUGGAAGCAUCCGCAUUUUUCUUGGAAUAGGUAAUGGAUCAUUCAUAAAUCAAGUCACUUAUUCAAUCAAUAGAAAUGCUCAACCAUAUGAUGUCAUUAUUAGUGAUUUUAAUAAAGAUAAUUGCUCAGAUAUUGCUGUUGCUAAUUAUGCAACUAGUAGUAUAAGUGUUUUUAUUGGAUAUGGCAAUGGCACUUUCUCAUCACAAAAAACAUUUUCAACAGGAUCUAAUUCCGGACCAAUAUCUCUUGUCAGCAGUGAUAUCAACGGUGACAAAUUACUUGAUAUAAUUGUUGCUAAUUAUGGUAGUAAUACCAUAGGUAUCUUCUAUGGUUAUGGAAAUGGAAGUUUUAAAUUAAACAUGACUAUUUUCACUGGUACCGAUAGUGAACCAUUAGCAAUUACUAUAUCCGAUAUGAAUAACGAUACAUUACCUGAUAUCCUCGUUACCAACUAUGGUUCCGGUAAUGUUGGAAUUUUUCUCGGUCAAGCAAAUAAUAGCUUUUCUACUCAAAUGAGUUAUUCGACAGGAGAUAAUUCAAAUCCAUAUUCAAUUGCUGUAGGCGAUUUAAAUAAUGAUGGAUAUUUUGAUAUUGCUGUAGCAAAUUAUGGUACCAGUUCUGUAGGACUUUUCUUCGGAUAUGGAAAUGGAAGUUUCUCUUCGCAAAUAACUUAUUCAACUAGAGGUUUUUCUAAUCCCAACUGUGUUGCUGUAGGAGAUUUUAAUAACGAUAGUCAUUCGGACAUUGUUGUUGUUAAUUAUUGGGCUGGUUGUUUGGAUAUCUUUCUUGGUAAUGGUAAUGGAACAUUCUAUCAUUAUAUGACUUAUUCGACUGGUUCUGGUUCGUAUCCAUAUGCUGUGGCCAUAGGUGACUUUAAUGGUGAUCUCAAAUUAGAUCUUGCAAUUGCUAAUUCUGGAACGAACAUUAUUGGUAUUUUCUUAGGAUAUGGUGAUGGAACGUUUUCUAGUCAAACAACAUACUCAACUGGCGCUGAUUCUGAACCAUAUUCAGUUGCAAUUGGCGAUUUAGAUAAUGAUAACAGAUUAGAUAUUGCGAUUGCAAAUUAUUACAGUAAUACUAUUGGAAUUUUACAAGGUUUCGGCAAUGGAUCAUUUGCUAAUCAAACGACUGUUUUAUUUAGAGCAUAUUCUGGGCCUCGUUCAAUUGUNGAAGGUGAUGGUACUUUCUCAAAUCAAACAACAUAUCCUCUUGAAGAUGGUUCUAACCCAUGGUCAGUUGUUGUGUAUGAUAUCGAUAAAGAUGGCUGUUUAGAUAUUCUGGUUGCCAACUCUUGGACUGAUGAUAUAGCAAUUUUUCUUGGAUAUGGCAAUGGUACAUUUAUGGAGCAAAUAACGUAUUAUAUUGGUGACGAUACUGGGCCGGAAGGAAUUGCUAUAGCUGAUUUUGAUAAUGAUGGUCGAUGGGAUAUCGUUAGUAACCUUCAAUUCUCGAAUCAAAUAGUUGUUGCUUAUGGGUAUGAAAAUGGGACAUUUUCAAAUAAAGUUUUCUAUUCAACCGGUACUUAUUCGUAUCCAGGUGCAGUAGCAGUUGGUGAUCUCAAUCGUGAUAACUAUGUAGAUAUAGUCGUUGCCAAUUAUGGAACUGAUGAUAUUCGUAUUCUUUAUGGACAAAGCAAUGGUAACUUUUCCAAUACGAAUUCUCUUUCAUGUGGUUACAACGCAAAUCCAGAAUUAAUUCUCAUUUUUGAUUUAAAUCAAGAUGAAAAUCUGGAUAUUGUUGUCACUAAUUCAGGUACAGAUAGCAUUGGUGUCUUUUUCGGAAGAAGCGAUGGUAUGACUUUCGAACAAAAGUUCUUUAGUACUGGUGUCGGCUCCGCACCAAAAGGAUUUGUGAUAAAUGACAUCAAUAAUGACAAACAAUUGGAUCUCAUCAUCGCUAAUUAUGGUACAAAUAACAUGGGUGUUCUACUUGGAUGUGUUAACGGAUCUUUUUUUAGUCCAUUAACUUACUCAACCGGCGAUUAUUCUCAACCGUGGCAAGUAGCACUCGGUGAUUUUAAUAAUGAUAGUCGUCUAGACGCUGUUGUCGCCAGCUUUGGUACGAAUGUUGCAGAUGUAUUUCUUGGAUUUGUUAAUCACGAUUAUUUGUCGGCACCACCUUUUUCGACGGGAAUAUCUUCUCAACCAACGUCGACUCUCGUCGUAGAUUUAAACAAUGAUACUCAAUUGGAUGUUAUCGUUGCUAAUAAUGGUACCAACAAUAUUAUGAUAAUUUUUGGAACCGGUUAUGGUACUUUUAUGAAUUCAUCGAUUUAUUCCACUGGUAAUGGUUCUCAUCCAUGUUCAGUUGCAAUUGGUCAUUUCAAUGAUGAUAAUCGAUGGGAUUUGGUCGUCGCUAAUUCAGGUACAGAUACUAUUGGAAUAUUUUUAACUGACGAAACUGGAUCGUUUUCAAAACAAAUUACUUAUUCUACUGGUUUACGUUCUCGUCCAUAUUCUGUGACUGUACUUGACUUUAAUCAUGAUACGCAUUUGGAUAUUGCUGUUGCCACUUAUGGUGCCAAUAGCAUUGGCGUUUUUUAUGGUAAUGGAAAUGGUACUUUUACGGAACAACAAAUCUUUCCAACUGGUUUCAAUUCACAUCCAUAUGCACUUGCGAUCGGUGAUAUAAAUCAAGAUAAUCUAACUGAUAUUGUUGCUACGAAUAAUGGCUUUGGAAAUUUAGACGUUCUUAUGAAAACUUGUUAA